AUGGAAAAUUUCCCUCGUGACCUCAUCCGGAACUUCUCAAUCAUAGCCCAUAUUGACCACGGAAAAUCUACUUUGGCCGACAGAUUGUUGGAGUUGACAGGUACCAUUGGCAAGAGGCAAAAGGGGGUAAACUCCCAGGUCCUCGACAAGCUGAAAGUUGAACGAGAACGUGGCAUAACAGUCAAGGCGCAGACUGCCAGCAUGAUAUACUUAUCCGAAGGGAAGAAAUAUCUGCUUAAUCUCAUUGAUACGCCCGGGCAUGUUGACUUUGCGUGGGAGGUGUCGCGUUCUCUUGCCGCGUGCCAGGGAGCACUACUUCUCGUAGAUGCAACACAGGGCAUCCAAGCUCAAUCUAUAUCUGUCUUCCAUAUCGCCAAGGAACGAGGCCUCAAAAUUAUACCCGUCCUGAACAAGAUUGAUUUGGCCAUUGCCCAGCCAGAGCUUGUGGCAGCACAAAUGGAGUCAACGUUUGGCAUUAACCUCGCGGAUGUGAUACCUAUCUCUGCUAAGACAGGGAAAGGUGUUGAGAAUGUUUUGAAAGCCAUUGUCGAACGAAUACCCCCACCAGUAGGAGACGAGUCCGAUCCACUCAAGGCAUUACUUUUCGACUCAUCCUACGACCGGUACCGCGGUGUCAUUUCCCUCGUGAGCAUCCAGGGUGGAGUUCUUAGAAAGGGCGAUAGAAUUGUGUCAUGCCAUACCCGCAAGAAGUAUGAGGUGACCGAGCUGGGUAUAAUGCAUCCAGAGGAGGAACCCACGGCGAGUCUUGGUCCGGGACAAGUCGGAUACAUCGCGUGCAGCAUGAAGGAGUCAAGCGAAGCGUAUGUCGGUGACACGCUUCACCGUGUUGGGGAGUCCGUCGAGCCCAUACCGGGGUUUAAGCCCGUGAAGGCCAUGGUGUACGCAGGCAUUUACCCGAUUGACAGCAACGACUAUCCCAAGCUAGAGGAGUCUAUCAAAAGGCUUACGCUCACGGACCGGAGUGUGGAGGUUUCCCGAGAAUCAUCCACUGCUCUUGGCCAAGGAUGUCGGUUGGGGUUCCUAGGCACUCUCCACAUGGACGUGUUUCGCCAACGCCUGGAGGACGAGUAUGAUGCCAGUGUGAUCAUCACAGCGCCCACUGUACCAUACAAGGUGGUAUACCAUGAUAGGACUGCAAUAGUCAGCAAUCCGACUGAUUUUCCGGAUGUGACCGACUCCGCAAACAGGGUGAAGGAAAUUCAAGAACCGAUCGUGAACGCUUCCAUCGUAGUGCCACAGGACUACCUUGGGGAAAUGAUGGACCUGUGCUUCUCACAUCGCGCCGAGAACUUGGACCAUCGAUACUUGGAUGCUUCUGGAGCCUCUGCCCGUAUCAUAUUGACGUGCACACUCCCGCUGGCCGAGAUCGUGACGGACUUCUAUGACAAACUCAAAAGCCGAAGUUCUGGGUUCGCAAGUUUCGAUUACGAGGAUGCUGGUUACCAACCCAGCAACAUGCUCAAGAUGACCUUUCUCCUCAAUAGCAAACCUGUCGACGCCCUGGCCCUCAUUGUCCAUCGAUCAGCGGAGCAGGAGGUUGGCAGGGCGUGGGUGAAGAAGUUGCACAAGGUGAUACCCCGGCAAUUGUUCGAAGUGCCGAUCCAAGCGGCUGUGGGCCGCAGAAUCGUCGCUCGCGAGACGCUGUCUGCAAUGCGUGCAGACGUCACCGCAGGUCUAUACGGAGGACACUACGAGCGCAAGCUUAAGCAUCUGGAGAAUCAGAAGGAGAGCAAGCGCAAGAUGAAAAGGGUUGGUAGCAUCGACCUCCCACAGGAGGCGUUCUUCGAUAUUCUUCGAACUAAGAGUUCAUAG